AUGGAGGAAGUAGUCGCAUGGGUCAAGCUAUACGAUGGAGGUCCCAAGAGUGUCUUUGUUCAAGUUGAAGGCAUGCGUGCAGCUCAAGUAAGGCUGCCACCAGAUAGGAAUGCUUACAAUUUAUUGGAAUAUCUCGUAGAGGAUACAUUCAGGGAUGACUUGACUGGUUUUGUUGCUGCUGAAUUGACUGUGUAUAUGGACAAGGAUACAGAAUGGAAGACGCCUGUGAGACCAGACCUAUCAUUCGCCAACAUUGCUAAAACAUCAUCUUACAAGUUUCCGCUCAAAGUUGUCAGACCGAAAAAACCACAAGUUGCCCGACCACGUCCACGUCCAGCUUCAGCUCCAGCAUUGGGUCCAGGAAUCAUGGGAAAAACUGACGCUCGCGAAGCGCAGCCUAGUUCUGGCAGUGACGACGCCUUGCGCAACAAUGGGAUACGAUACGAUUAUAGUGGGGCGCUUGAUGGGAACAGUGGAGGAGGCAGUGGUAGCCUUGUGCAGACUGUUGGUGGGGAUAAUCGUGGGAGUGUAGUCGAAAAGGCUAGAAAGAUGACGCAGCAACCAGCAGAUCAGAUGCAAAUUGGACGUGGCAAAGGAUCAUCGAUAUUCGAAAACGAUGUCAUUGGUCGUGACGAGCUUCGCUAUGCUGGUAAAAAACUCACAGACCCAAUCAACACUGCCGAAGAUAAAUGGCGUCUAUUACCAGCAUUCUUGCAAACAAAAGGGCUCAUCAAGCAACAUAUAGAUUCCUACAACUACUUCAUCGAAACGGAAUUGAAGAAAAUCAUACAAGCAAACUCGAGGAUCGAGUCUGAUGUGGAUGAUCGAUUCUGGCUAGAAUUCAAAGACAUCCGUGUCGAACCACCCACAGACUAUGAUUCUCAAACAGCUGUUGCUCUCAAAGUCACUCCUCAGAUCUGUCGAUUACGAGAUGUCACUUAUGCUGGUAACAUUGUCGUUGACUUUCAAUACACCAAGGGCCUUCAAGUUGUGUCUGCCAGAGGAAAAGCUAUUGGUCGCAUGCCAAUCAUGCUUCGAUCAUCCAAAUGUGCUUUGAAUGGAUUGAAUCCUGAAGAGGUCGCUGGCAAGGGUGAAUGUCCACUUGAUCCAGGGGGAUACUUCAUAAUAAAAGGUGUCGAAAAGGUUGUCUUGAUUCAAGAACAAUUAUCAAAGAAUCGUAUUAUUGUUGAAACAGAUCGUCAAGGUCAAAUCUCUGCCAGCGUCACCUCUUCAACUCAGGAAAAAAAGUCAAAAACCAACAUUGUAUAUACUAAAGCUGGUCAAGUUGUAUUAAAACACAACUCUCUUACUGCUGAUAUACCCAUUGCCAUAGUAAUGAAGGCAAUGGGAACUCAUGCUGAUAUAGAGAUUGCAGAGUUGGUCUGUGGAAGUGACCAGGCCUACUUGAAACUCUUUGAGCAAUCGAUUGAGUGCCCAACGCCAUCGGACUCACCAGUCCUUACUCAAACACAAGCACUACGAUAUAUCGGUCAGCGGGUGCGUCUUGGAAGUAAAACCAAUCGUGUGGGAUUCAAGCUGGACUGGGUAUCGGAAGCACGAGAUGUGCUUGCCAAUACCGUCCUCGCUCAUAUACCAGUAGAACCAGUACAUGGUCGUUUCAACUUUCGACCCAAAGUUAUAUAUGUCGCAUUGAUGGUCCGUCGUGUCUUGCAAGCAGUGCUAGAAGGUGGUGCGGUUGAUGAUCGGGACUUUGUCGGCAACAAACGUCUCGAACUAGCCGGUCAACUCUUAGCUCUACUCUUUGAAGACCUGUUCAAGUCGUGGACCACGUUUGUAAAACGAGCUAUAGAUACCCAACUCAAAAAAACCAACCGUAGUUCAGUAUACGAUGCAGCCACUUCCGUAUCGCAAUCAACACGCUUCAUUACUGAAGGUCUCUUCCGAGCUAUAUCAACUGGUAAUUGGAAUGUGAAACGUUUCAAGAUGGAACGUGCUGGAGUGACUCAAGUAUUGUCUCGACUCUCAUAUGUGGCUACUCUUGGUAUGCUCACUCGUAUCCAAAGUCAGUUUGAAAAGACUCGAAAGAUCUCUGGGCCACGUUCACUUCAGACAUCACAAUGGGGAAUGAUUUGCCCUUGUGAUACUCCUGAAGGUGAAGGUUGCGGUCUCAUCAAAAAUCUUGCUCUGAUGACACAUAUCACGACUGACUCGGAUGAUGCGCCAUUAAAGCACCUGGCUUUCCAAUUGGGAGUCCAAGAAAUAUCUAGGAUGAUAGGUCUCGACUUGUGGAAUCACCCAAACACAUAUCUUGUAUUUUUGAACGGUGUCAUAAUCGGCGUCCAUCACUCUGCCACUGUAUUUGUACGUCAACUCCGUCUAUUGCGUCGUCGAGGACGUAUAACUCCAUUCGUAUCUGUCUGUAAAUCCGAUCCUCAAAAGUCUGUACAUAUAAGCGCUGAUGGUGGUCGUAUCUGUCGACCAUUGAUUGUUGUCGAAAAGGGCAAAUCAAAGAUCGGUAAGAAGGAAAUCCGAGAUAUCAUGCGAGGAUUUCGUACAUUCGAAGACUUAGUAGCUGAAGGCAAAGUCGAAUACUUGGAUGUGAAUGAAGAAUCAGAUGCUAUGGUUGCCAUGUAUGAAAGGAAUGUCAUACACGUAGCUGAAGAUCAUCCUGACUUUGAAAAUAACACUACUCAUUUGGAAAUCGCUCCGUUUACAGCCUUGGGUGCAGUAGCAGGAUUAGUACCCUUCCCACAUCACAAUCAAUCAGCUCGUAAUACCUUCCAAUGUGCUAUGGGUAAACAAGCUAUGGGAGCGAUAGCUUAUAAUCAGCUCAAUCGUAUUGAAACUCUCUUGUACCUGUUGGUGUAUCCAGAAAAGCCGCUAGUAAAAACUCACACAAUUGAAAUCAUUGGAUAUGAUAAAUUACCAGCUGGUCAAAACGCUACCGUCGCAGUCAUGUCAUACUCUGGAUACGAUAUUGAAGAUGCUCUGAUCUUGAACAAGGCAUCAUUAGAUAGAGGUUUUGGCAGGUGUCAAGUCAUGAGAAAGCAUGCUAUCGUCAUGAAGGAAUAUGCCAACCGAACACAUGAUCGUAUUGCUGAUCCUCAAAAGAAUGCGUGGAGCCAACUUUUCCCCAAACACAGUAUUCUAGAUCCAGAUGGUAUUGCUUAUGUAGGAGCCAAAGUUGAACAGGAUGCUAUCUUGAUCAACAAGGAGGUCCCCACUUCCAUAUCAACACGGGUACCCCGUAGUGAUGGAGCUCCCGAAUUAGUGGUUGAUCCAUCAACCAUCCCACAUAAGCCAGAACCACUUGUAUAUAGGUAUCCCGAUACAUCUGUAGUAGACCAAGUAAUGACAUCCAUGAACGAAGAAGGCCAUCAAGUAUUCAAAAUGAACAUCCGACAAACCCGUCGUCCCGAAAUUGGAGACAAGUUCUCAUCUCGUCACGGACAAAAGGGUGUUUGUGGCCUGAUUGUAAGUCAAGAAGACCUCCCCUUCUCUGACGCUGGAAUUGUACCCGAUAUUAUCAUGAACCCACACGGUUUCCCAUCUCGUAUGACGGUUGGUAAAUUGAUUGAAUUUUUGGCUGGUAAAGCAGGUGUAUUGGAAGGAGAGUUCCAAUAUGGAACUGCCUUCAAAGGUGCCAAAGUGGAUGACAUGUCGGAGAUCUUGGUGAGAAAUGGAUUUGCGUAUUCAGGGAAAGAUUGUUUUACGUCUGGGAUUACUGGCGAGCCGCUAAAGGCUUAUAUAUUCAAUGGGCCAGUGUAUUAUCAAAAGUUGAAGCAUAUGGUUGUUGAUAAGAUGCAUGCUCGAUCAAAAGGUCCCAAAGCAGCAUUAACUCGUCAACCUACCGAAGGUCGUUCCCGUGAUGGUGGUCUUCGAGUUGGAGAGAUGGAACGUGAUUGUCUCAUUGGUCAUGGAACCGCUUCUCUCUUGAUGGAACGACUCUUGUUGUCAUCAGAUGCAUAUGAUGUCGAAGUAUGUCGAGAAUGUGGAAUAAUUGGUGCUUGGCAUGGUUAUUGCAAUUACUGUGAAAGUCGUGCUGAAGUUGUGUCCAUCAAGUUGCCUUAUGCUUGCAAGCUUCUCUUCCAGGAACUGAUGUCGAUGAAUGUGGUGCCUCGAAUCACUGUACAAGAAUGGGAAUAG